UGAAGAUUGAGGUUGAUAUUGAAUUGGGAUUUAACUAACUAUUAUAAAAGAAAGAAAACCAAUCUCAAAUUUAGUAAAACUUUGUUUUGAUCGGUCAAUUUUCAAUCUAAUCUCAAUCUCAAUCUUUAGUCUGACACGGGCGUUAUUCUGCAUAGAGGAUUGGAGAUCGGAGGAUUGGGAGUAAUUAGGAGAGAUCAGCAUCAAUACAAUUCUUGGGACUAGCAUACAUGUCAGAGCAUUACUAAAACAUAAUACGGACUCGAGCUCAAAAGUUUGAUGUCAGAAAUCCCUUCUCGAAACAGAAGAAAAAAAGAAACGGAGAGGAGUAGGUGACUGUGACAACUGACUGGGUGUUGCAUUUAAUUUCUGCAAGAUAUUCAAGAUGUCUAAACGCCUGCCUAACAUUCUGAUAACAGGCACACCUGGCGUGGGCAAGAGCUUUAUGUCGUACUGUCUCACGGAGCGCACCGAACUAAACUGGCUCGAUGUCAGUAAAUUAGCCAUCGAGCUUGGAUGUGCGGAGGAAUACGACGAAGAAUACAAAUGCAAAGUGUUGGAUGAAGAUCAGCUGAUGGACCAUAUGGAAGAGUAUAUGAGCAAAGGGGGACAAAUCGUGGACUAUCACAGUAACGAGUUCUUCCCUGAAAGGUGGUUUGACGUCGUAUUCGUGCUCAGAACGAACACAACUGUCUUGUACGACCGUCUCGCUAACAGAGGCUACAGCGGAAAGAAGCUGAAGGACAAUAUAGAAUGUGAAAUUUUUCAAACUGCUCUUGAAGAGGCGAGAAACUCCUACCGGGAAGAAAUAGUGCAUGAGUUACAGAGUGACACUCUACCGCAGAUGACGACAAAUUUAAAUAAAAUACUUGACUGGCUGGAACAGUGGGAACUAGAGCGUGAGCUAAAUAAAUAGUGUACAUUUUUUCAAUUCUCGUUAUAUUUACAUUAUCUAAAAUAAAUCAAUUAAAAUAACAAUA